AAGAAGAGGCAGCUAUUUUGGACGAAUGGGAAGUGGAUGGCGAUGAACAUUUGGCAGUCACAGAUGACGACGAAGCUUUCAAUUUCCNGACCANAAGACUGUUCACUUCUGAAGAAAUUCAAAAAAUGGCAGUUUGUGAAAUUCACGAAGUCGACCUUUCUAAAGUUUUCGGGACUGUUACUGAUUCUCGCUNAGGUCCCGUGGAUUUUCAGACUCCUUGUUCUACUUGCUUACGAACUUUUAAGGAUUGUCCAGGACACUAUGGAUACAUCGACUUGGAAAGCUGUCCUAUUCUUCAUCCACUUUUUCUUAAAGAAUUCAGCUACAUAUUCAAAUCUAUUUGCCACUCUUGCUGCACUCCCUUUCUUUCUUCGGCGGAGAUUUCCUAUUNAGAAAAAUGCGGAAAUGAAGUGUCUCUCAAGUCCAUCGCAGGCUGGUCGGAGUAUUCUCGAUGCGCUAAUGACUGCCCACCCAAUAAGAUCUUUGAAGNAAAGGAUGGUCGACUUUAUUUUGUUUCUAAUGAAGGAAAGCUGUACGAGCGUAGUCNGAGCAGUGCUAAGAAAAUUCUGGAAGCAGUUGAUGAACGCUAUUGGGNAGAUGUGUUCCGAAUGGAAUAUACGAACCCUGCUUCUUUUAUCAUCGAUAAGUUGUNAGUUAUUCCCUCCCAGUCAAGGCCUCCUAUUCUGCUUAACGGAGAAGUCACUGACCACGAUCUCACUAAAUGCUAUUCGGACAUCGUCCGUCAUAAAUUUCAUCAACACUAUGAUUNAANGACCAAAUCCAUUUAUCAAUUAUUUGAUGGUUUCAAUGGAAUCGGAAGGCGUACAUNAGGAAUCAAACAGCGCAUUCAAGGGAAAAAGGCAGUGGNGAGGAAGAACCNAAUGGGAAAAAGAGUCAAUUAUUGUUGUCGUUCAGUCGCUGCUCCUGAUCCUACUUUGGACGUGGAUGAAGUUCGAGUUCCCAAGGUUAUCUGUUCAAAGUUUCUUCAUGAAGCUCAGAAAANAACCGAAUCUAAUUUUGACUAUUGGAAAGAACUUUUUCAAAAGGGGCAGGCUUCAGGCGGUCCUUUGGAAAUUGGAAGGUAUGCAAGAAGACAUUNGAUGGAAGGCGAUAGCGUCACUCUCAAUCGACAGCCUACUCUGUACAAACAAGGGUUCAUGGUUCACAAGGUUAGAGNAGGCGAAGAACUCGUUAUUCGAAUGCACCUGUCAGNGACUCCAUUGUAUAAUGCCGACUUUGAUGGUGAUGAAGUUUCCGUCAUGUUUUCUCCUAAUAAGAACGUUCAGCAAGAAANGAGGCAAAAAANGAGCGUUUCCAACUACAUCAUCAGCGACCAUACAGGAAAAGUGUCCGUUUCGCUAUCGUAUGACGCGUUAUCUGGGUUGUACAAGAUGCCUAAAGAACAACGACCGCCACCCUUUGAUAGUCUUGACAAAAUAUCAAAGUCCACUGUCAAACAAGCCAUAUACAAAUACCAUCAAGAAAAUGGAAAAGACGCUACCAUUAGGUNGAUUUCAGACACUUCCAGGGCAGUCCUUGAAUUUUUGGAGCACAACAUCCNAAGUGCAAGCUACCACAAUCUAUUGGAGCUCAUGGAUUCUUCCAACAAACAACAAAUUCNAGAGGAAAUGCGUGACAACUUCAAGAAAGCCAAUUCUUNAGAAGAAAGAAUUGGAGCUCUGUCUUUUCGUUUUCCUCGAAUUGAGAAGCAGAAUGACUUUUNAGNGAUGGUCGACUCAGAAACUAAAGGCACUUUCUUCCAUCUUUCUCAAUNGAGCUAUUUCUNAGGACAGCAAUUCAUCAACGGUACUGUUUUCCUGCCGGAUGCUGAAACCAAUCGAGUCACUCCAUGGGACUCCUUUGAAGAAGACUUAUCCAAUCCUGAACUAUAUGGCUUCAUUUCUCAUUCCUUUUUGGAAGGCCUAUCCCCCCGAGAAAUGUUCUUCCAUGCGAAUGGAGGUCGAGAAGGUCNAGUGGAUACUGCUUGUCGAACUAGCGAAGUUGGAAACCUUCAGCGCAACUUGUGCAAAUCCAUUGAGAACUAUUUUCUCGAUGAAAAAGGUCUCGUUGUCAACUCUUUGGGAGAAGUUCUUUCUUUUUCUGACUCGACGCUUUACUAAAAAGACAAUGAAAAAGAGCGAAAUUUA